AUGCCACCAGGGAACGAGUAUGCAGCGGAGCAGCUGAAGAACCAGGGAAAUGCUCACUUCAAGGACGGAGAUUAUGGCACAGCUGAGACGUUCUAUUCUCAGGCCAUACAGAAGAACUCCAAGAACCCACUGCUCUUUACGAAUCGUGCGAAUGCCAGGCUAAAGUUGGAAAAAUGGGAAGGCGUCAUCGAUGACUGCAUAAGAAGCAUAGAGCUCAUGAAAGAGAAUAUGAAGGCCUUCUUCUACCUAGCCCAGGCCCAGCUUGCCAUCAAUCACCCUAAUGAAGCCUUAUCCUCGGCUCUCAUGGCAUAUGAACUGUGCACCAAUUCUUCUCAGCAGACCUCCAACGCAGCCACCAUAUCAGCACUCGUUUUGAAGGCCAAGAAGGCCAAAUGGGAAAUCAGAGAAAGAGACCGGAUACGCCGCCGUGCAGAUUUACUCUCCGAGUUAGAAGCUAAGCUUGAAGAGGACUACAAGAAAGACGUCCACGAGAUCGAAGACAGAAUAGCCUCAGGGUCGGUGGGAACGAUUGAGGGCCAAGAGGAGAAAGCCGACAGAAAGAAAGAAUACGACGACAAGAUCAACGACCUGCGAACAGCUUUUGCGCUAUCAGAUCCUGAAAACUUGAAACUCAGAGAGGUGCCUGAUUACCUCGUCGAUGGUAUCACGUUUGAGAUCAUGCACGAUCCCGUAGUGACACGGAACGGGCGAAGCUACGAAAGGGCAACGUUGAUCGAGCACUUGAAGAGAAGCCCUACAGAUCCACUGACACGCGAAACGCUCACAAUAGGGGACCUAAGACCCAACAUGGCCCUCAGGGAAGCUUGCACAGAGUUCAUGGAGCGUAACAGUGGUUGGGUAUAUGAUUGCGUAGAUGGAGAGGUCGACGGCGACACGCGGUGGGCUCAUCUCUCAUGUACUUGA